AUGUUAAGGUCGACAAGAAAGAUUACACUUGCUCAAAAAGCUAUUGCAGAUAAUGCCGAGAAGUUUGGAAUAUCAAUUAUACAAACUAUAGAUUUCUUGAGCGUGCAAGCGGGGGGUUGUGAAAAUCUUGAUUUUUUGGAUGUUGACUAUAAAAAUUACAUACAUUCUAAUAGGAGGAGGGCUUUGAAGAAAGGGGAUGGUCGUGCUGUGAUGGAGUACUUUCGUAAUAUGCAAUUAAAAGAUCCAUCUUAUUUUUAUUCAAUACAACUAGAUGACAACGAUCUUAUCAUGAAUAUUUUCUGGGCAGAUGCUAGAUCAGUAGUUGAUUAUGGACACUUUAGUGAUGUGAUAUGCUUUGACACAACUUAUCGUACAAAUACGUAUGGUCGACCUUUUGCACCAUUCAUUGGGGUUAAUCAUCACAAACAAACAAUUAUCUUUGGUGAAGCAUUACUUUAUGAUGAAACUGUAGAUUUAUUUAAGUGGUUAUUUGAAACUUUUUUAAGUGCAAUGUCAGGAAAGCAGCCAACAAUACUUACAGAUCAAUCUGCUGCAAUGGCCAAAUUUGCAAAUGAUUUUGGCAAUUGUGUAUAUGGUUAUGAAGAUGAAGAUGAAUGGCUAUUUUUAUGGGAUAAUAUGCUUAAAAAGUAUAAUCUUAUGAAUAAUAAAUGGUUGGAUGGGAUAUUUGAUGUAAAAGAGAAAUGGGCUAUGGUAUAUGGUCGACAUAUGUUCACUGCUGAUAUGAAAAGCACCCAACGCAGUGAGUCCAUGAACAAUGUGUUGAAGAAGUACUUGAAAGCGAAAUAUAAUCUUUUGCGAUUUUUGGAACAUUACUCUAAACUCUUGGCUGACAAACGACAUCAAGAACUACAAGCAGAGUUCAAAAUGAGUCAAACAACAACUAUUUUAAAAGUUGAUGUUGAGAUGUUGAGACAUGUUGUAAAGUUAUACACCCCAGAAGUGUUCCAAAUGUUUUAA